GAAAUAAAAAUUUUCUAUCUAUAUUUCGAUAUAUAAAAAUUUAUAAAACAAACUUGAUUCGAACAUCUAAAAUUGUAAAACUGUUUAAUUUCAAAGUGAUUCGAACAGAAGUGUCUUUAAAUAAAGCUUUUCUAAUAACGAACAUUGAACCAUUUGUUUGAAUGUUAAAAAAAGAAAAAAGAAGAAAAUAUAUGUAUGGAAAAAAAAAAAAACUCAUCAACAGAGAUCAUUCAUAAGAUGAAUAGUUAAAUGAAAUCGUUAUUAUAUUCUUUUACAUGUUUUGUUCGAUUAGUUUAAAAUAAGUUGAAAUUAAAAAAAAAAAAAGAACAAAUAGAAGAACAUUUGUAUAACAAUUGCUUUCCCCACUCAAAAUUUAAUAAAUUCGCAUAAUUUUAAUGUUCAAUGCAACACAUAGUGUCAACAUAUAGUAUGAAACGACGUAGUGUGUGUGUAUGUUGUUUUAGAAUUUAAUCGGUAUUACAGGACACAAGGUCAAAUGUGUCGAGAAAAUCUGAUGCGCGUUCUAUCGUUUUUUGUGGAUACGAGAGCUAAAGAAAUAUAAAAUGAAAAAUCAAAAUAAAAUGGAAAACGGAACUGAAUAAGAGCGGCUAACUUCGGGCGUAUUGCUCUACCGUUAUAUUGCUUUCAUGCUUGUACGCAUACCGUAAAAUAUACAACGACUAAAACAGUAAGUAAUGAACUAACAAAAUUGACAUAGAAAUGAAAGAUAUGAAGAUAUAUGAAUAAAGUAAAACGUAAAGGAAAUUAAAGAAAUGAACAUCGCACAACAAAAGUGUAUAGUAAUAACUUAUAUUACAUAUAAUCAAGUGACGGCUGUGAUAAAACAAACAUGAAAUGAAGCAAGAAGAAGCACCUUAACGUAUGAUUUUUACGAGUUAAUCUCUUCUAUUGCAAUUUUUGAUGUAAUAAUAAACUGAGAAAUCAAAUAAUUCAAAAUAUUCGCAGCUGCAUUGCAUUAAUAAGUUUUGAUGCUUUUAUUGUCGAAUCUGUUAACGAAUCGAGAGGAGAUAAUCAAAUGGCCGACCCUUUACGCGGGUUACGUUGAGACAUGUCGUAAUGGCAAGAGAGGAGUCUCGCGGCAAGAGACCCCUUAAAAUUUGGGAUAGUUGGCGGAACGUACGGAAAGGCGUGGUAGUAAGCACAUUUGAAGAAUUAUUAGUCCGAGGCAAAGAUAAACUAGGGGUUCCUGCCUCAGAACCUGUGCGUCUUGUUCUGGAGAGCGAUGGGACCCAGAUUGAAGAUGGCGAAUAUUUUCGGACAUUGGCAAAUAACACAGUGCUAUUAUUGUUAAGACAAGGCGAACGUUGGUAUCCAACCGGCGUAGAUGUCAUAAAAGCUGCUAUAUCAGCCAUACCGAAGAUCGUCUGUGAGACGAUUCAUGCGUUAGAAUUGCAUGAUGAGACUCCAUCGUGGAAAAUUAUGGAUAAUAAGGGUCGUGUCACGGUGGUUCUGCACUGGGAUCAGCGGCAAGGCGGUGGCGGAGGAGGUGGUUCUGGGAGUGGUGCGGUUGGCGGCGGUUUGGGCCCAAGCGGCAGUGGUGCGAGUAACACAAAUGGACUUAUAUCCUCUGAUAAGUACUCACCAUCGAAAAAAGGUUUGUCGGCACAAAGUUCGCUUGAUAGCAAGUCAGUGUCAUCGCAAUCAUCUCAGCAACGUUAUACAAGUCCUCAAAUAACGGUAAUUAGUGACGAAGGACCUGCGAGUAUAUAUCACCCAGGUGGUGUAGUUUUGCCGCCAGGCGUUGUACUUCCGGGCACGAGUAGGAGACUUUCAAAACAAGGUGGUUCCUUCGACAGCGCUGUCGGUGCUGUGCAUGUGCAUACGCCCGAAUGUGCUCAUCAUGCGCAUACGCCCAGCCGUGCUGGUAGCCCCAGUACAACGGAAUGCGAUUUUCAUUGUUGCGCGCUGCAUGAAGAGGGUCGUAAAAUUGCGGUGCACAAAAGUGUGGCCACAUCGCCCAUCCAAGAUGGUACCUCGAGCCCCCAGCCCCAACAACAAGUAACUUUAAAUAUGUCAUCGGUUGUGGAUCCUACAAUGGGCGGAAGUAUGCAACGCCGUUCAUCAGGUGCUAAAGGUCAUGUACGGUUCCUGGAUAUUGCGCCGGAGCGUGAUAGUUCCGAAAGCGAGACCGAGAAUACGGUCAUGGAGGAUGAUAAAGUGACAACCGAGAAAUUCCUGCUGCUCAUUGAUCAAUUGUCGGUGGACCAGAAGCGGCAUCUUAGCAUCAAAGACAUUGGAAUUAUUUUGGAGCGUCUAAACUCAAAAAUAUUGGAUGUAGAGCGACUGGAUAGAGAAUCCGAAUCGGAUGAUUGUUACAAUUGGACGAUUAAAGCGACAAUACGUGGUGAUGCUCUACGCGAAUUGGGCGUCAUUUAUAAUGGCAACUAUUAUGCCAUCUCCGAGCAUCCAGGCUACAAGGAAGAGGUUGAAGAGAACGGCGAAGAAGUCGAAGAGGAAGACGAGGAGGAUAGAAUCUAAAAAUUCGGGUAGACUAAUAUUAAAAGAAACAACCACAACAACAACAGAAAUUAAUAAUAAUACUUAACUAUAAGAAAAUGUUAAAAAAAAAAAAACAGUUUUCACAAAACUAUACACUUACAUUAAUACAUAUAUAUGUAUAUAAACAGGUGUACGUACAUUAUUACAUCACAUAAAAGCGGGCAAGCCACAGACGCGCUAAUGCGGACAUUAGGCAUCAUCAAAACUAUUCACUACACACAGUUAGAAUUAAAUAUUGAAAAAAUGUUCAAAGCAAUGACAAAACGAACGCUCAUAGCAUAGCAUAGUUAUGCGAUAGUAGUAGUUUCCAAAUGAAAAAAAAAAAUGAAAAUAGGAAGAAAUUAUUUGUACUCGAGUUGUGCGUGUUAAAUGAAAUUUCCUUAACAAUUUCUGUUAAAUGAAAUUUCCUUAACAAUCUCUAUAAAAUCUCUGUUAAAGCGGUAAAUAUUUUUCUUUUUCCAUUUUAGAUAAUUAUUCAUUUGUUAAGGAAAGAUAGAAUAUCGUGCGUGGCAUUGUUCGUUAGCACUAAUGUUAGUAUAAUGCAAACAUUUAAGCCUUUAAAGAUAAUUGAUCAUUAGUUAACAAUUUUCCCAUUUCAAGUUCUCGUGCCAUUCCUUUAUUCAAAAUUCAUAUUUCUUCUACAAUAAUAUGAAAAUUGAUUGAUUGUUCUAUGUUAGGAGAGCGAUCUGGAAGUGAUUUGAUUUUUAAACGUAGAAAUCCAUUUAUAUUAAUUUCAAUUACUCCAGCUUUGCUGAGGGAAAUUUGGUAUAUAUGCUAGAUUUACGUAGCUAUGCGAAAGUGUACGUUGGGUUGGGUUGAUUUCAUUAUCGUAACAUCUUUUCGAUUUUUCAAGAGCGUGCAAACACAGUAGUGCUUACUAAGAGGAUGAUAAGUAAUACGAGUACUUGUGUGUCUGUGUGUGUGUGUAUGUAUAUGGGUUGAUGUUUCAUUUUUCUCCUAAGACUGCAGCACAUUCCUAUCACUUCAAUUUCUAGGGAUACAAAAUAGCCAAAAUAAGUACCGUUGGUGUAAUGGAAUACAUGUUCGGCACAUAUUUCAAGGUCUUGCUACUAUUGUGGAAAUAAAAAAUAAACAUAUUUUUAUUCUUUGCCCAUAUCGACCAUUAAAUCAUGGAAAUUAGACGGUCUUGCGUAAUAUCUAAAUUUUGUUAUUAUUGUUUAUGGUUCAAAAUUUCUUAUUCGUAUUACGCACUGACUUGGUGUUAAGCUACUUUUUAUUGACAACUUUUAGAAUGUUUUAUAAAAAUGUUGUUACACCCUACACCAGUUGUGGUACAAGAGCAUAUUAAACUUACGUGGAUGUACGCCCCAUUCGGAGGAAUUUGAGAUAGACUCACCUUUUAUUAUACGUAUGACACGAUUUUCUGAAUCGAUUUAAAUCCAUCUGUCCGCCGGGUUUUCUUGUGUUUACUAUAUAAUCGGUCGUCGUCCACUACAGUGCUUUGUGACUUGUCUUACUUCUUUUUUUUGCGUUUAUCUGUAGAUUAUGUUAAACAUUGAAAAACAUGUCUAUCCAAAAAUACAAUCCGUAUUUCAGAAAAAAAACUGAGGGUGUCGGCACGGCAUCACGGCAAGGUAAAAGUCCUAAAAGACUUUGUUUGGCAAGAAUAAGAAAAUGUAGAAAAUAAGAAAAUAUAUGGUUUGCUGCUCCUGUUCAUAUUCAGUUCAUUUGUGCAAUGUUGAAGCAGUAAAUUUUUUGAGGAUUAAAGAAAUGACAAAAUAGAUGAGAGGAGGAAGUAAGAUUUACUUAAAGUGUAUAUCGUAUUUCUGGACAAUAAAAGAUUAAAAUGUUAGUUUCCACAACACAUAUGUUGAGUUGGGAGUCGUACAUCCUAAUACAUAAGUUUUUUUUUAUACCCAAAUCUACUUGCGGUACAAAGGCAUAUUAAGUUUUUGCGGAUAUAAACAACAUCUAGAAGAAUUUGACAUAGACUCAUUUAUUAUUAUCCUAGCUUGUUGGGAUCAGGAGAGUUUGUCUGCCUGUCUGUUUAAUAUUUUGAUGGUCAACCAUUAGCUCGUAAUCCUUGAUACAUCUUGUUGAAAUUUGGUGUACCAAUGUAUUUUGGAUCAAGAACGAACGCUAUGGAAGGUGGCAUGUACCGUACUACUUUCGUGAUGACCUUCCAUACAACGCAUUAUAUUGAACUGUUGUUAUGUGAAUAAUUGGAGGAUGGUAUAGGUUACUUUCGAUGGUGAGACGAAAACCACUGCAAUGUUUUCACUUUACAACUUUACUUAACUUUACUAGUACAUCACCAUUUCCAGCGUCUCUCAGGGUACAUAUCAAAAAUCCUGCUUUCUAAUUAUAUUUUUAGUUAUGUGCGAAGAUGAUGGUCGAAUUUUUCAAAUCCAACCAAUUUGCUUUAAGAAUUCCUGAUGGAUCAUAUAGCGAUAUUCCUUAUUACGGUUCGCUAAGAAGGCGUCAAAGUCGCCGUCUUUAAAUGUCUGCCAAAACUCUUUCUGGACAGCUUGAGUAAACGCAAAAAAAAUGCUUAUUAGUGAAGCCAAUGAAGCAAAAGUAAGUUAUGUUAUCGAAAAUUCUUUUACGAUAAAGUUGAAGAUGAAAAAUUGCAGAAUUUGUUUCUUCAUUGCACUGCCCAUUGAUUGAAUGAUAAGAAAGUGAAAAGUGCUCAGUCUAGGAAAAAAAUUUACAGACAUUACGUAUUAAGACAACCCUAACUUCUUUCCUUCUCUCUCUUUGAAAAUGUAUAAAUUGUCUGUAGUAGCAUUAAUAAAGUAAAACAGUUCCUUACGUCUCCUUCUUUUUGUUUUCGUUUAAUGUAGGUGGCUGUUGAAAGUUUGAUCUAAGUAGAAAAAGUGUUGUUUUUUGUUUGUUUCUUCAUGAUCAGUUAGAAUUUUGAAAGAAUUAUUUAUACUAAACGCUCGAUCUAAUUAGAACGUUUAAGAAUUGUGACUAACUAAAAUUAACAUUUUUUUAUUUAUGAAUUCAUAAAUACAAUUACACUCAUCGAUUUGUUAUACACGUUCUUAGCCGCAAUUAUUGCAUAUAUAUUCGUUAAUAAAUCCCAUGUUCACAAUUUUAAUGUGCAUAUACAUAUGCAGAGAUAUAUAUAUAUUUUUUUUAUUUAUAGUUCAAUAACAUAAACUGCCAUAUUGUUCGAAUAAAACAUUAACGUAUGUAUGUAUGCGUUGUGUGCAUAUGCUAAAUGUUCUCUUUUUUAUUUUUACUUUGUAUUAAAUUACAAAAUGCAUACGUAUUAAAUUAAUUAAUGUAGAACAACAGCAACCAAACACGCAUAAUUUUUCCAAUAUCAGUAUAUUCAAGUAGUUGUAGUGAAUUUGACAAUUAAAACAUAAACCAUAUAUAUAUUGAAAAAAUAACAAGCAAACACACACGCCUUAUUUUCCAAACAAAAAAAAUAUUAUAAAAAAAAAAAGAUUAAAAAAAAGAAAAAACGAAAAUAAUUUGUGUUCCACAAAUAGUUGACAGGAAAAAUAUAUUAAAUACAAAAAAGUAAAAUACAAAACCAAAAGUACUUCCAUAAUAUUACUUCCUUAAACUAUGUAAACUAGGAUAAUAAAUGCGAACUAAAUUCCUACCACAUUCUUUAUGUUCUCUCUCACUCUCUCACUCUCUCUCUCUCUCUCUCUCUCUAUAUAUAUCUUUAUUCCUAUGUUAAUUGCAUAUGUAAUAAUUUCUCGCAUGCAAUAAAAUAAUUUGUGAGCAUUUUACGAGAGGCCCGUCUCUUCCUUUAUCUUUCUCUUUCAUAUGUGUCCUUUCGAAUUGUACCAAAUACACUAAUACGAGUAUUUAUUGAAUUUAAAAAGAUUAUGAAUUAAAACAAAAAAAAAAAAAAAAACCAAAUAUAAUAAGAAUUAUAAAACACUGCCAGAAAAAAAUAAAAAAAAUAAAAAGUUUAUUCCUCGGAGAGAAAACAAUUCGUUAAUUGUAGCAUGGAAAUUUUUUUUCUUAAACCUUUAUGAGGUUAACAUAAAUAUUUAUUUGCAUUGUACAAAUGUAUUGUAUGUAAACUUUGUUUUAAACAACAAAAGACUUAGACAUGAUAUAUAGCUUCGAGCUUUCUUUCGUUAAAACUUGCCACCAUCAGCCGUGUUAAUAACAAGAAAAGAACAGAUCCGAUUAUUGUCCGCUAACCAAGAAUACAGGGCUUGGAGUACUUACUGUUUAAAAGGAAUUGUGCAAUCAACAUGAUACUAUCCUUUACUUAUAGUAGUAACACUCACACACACAUGCAACGAAGCUACUACAAUCAAGUCAGUUAUUUACUGCUUUGGAAGAUCAAAACUUGUACCUAAAUACUUAAAAAUACAUAAAUACUUAAAAAAAAUAUUGAAUCAAAAUCGAGACGAGCAGGAAAAACGAAAAUUUUUUGGUUACUGCCGGAAUAUGUAACAUAGAUUGUAACGAUGGAAUCCAAUAGCUAUACCAAUAGUAGAUAUUGCAUUAGAUUUGCCAAAUAAAUAUAAUCCAUACAAAUAUGCAUCAAAAAUCCCCUAAAUUAUACACAUUUUUGUCCAGAGGAAUCGUUUUACAUAUAAUUGAUAAUUUAACCAAUUUCCAUUUAAAAUCAGAUGAGUUUUUCUUAUAAAUUUUUGGUGUAAGUUUUCUUGAAACGAAAAUUAGAUGAAUUUAAAAUUGCGGGCAAUUUAGUUGGGAUUAGAAGUUUUUCUUUCAUGAGAUCCUCAAUUGGCCAUGUCGAAUGGAAGGAGUGAGUAAUCGAAGAGUCUACGUGAAAACAUUAAGUCAAUAAAUAUCUACAAAACGCUGCCAAAUCAUAUGAAAUACCUAUGACAUGUAGGAUGCAAUAUAUGAUGUAUACAUUAAGUACAAUUUAUGUAUUCAUUAAUAACUAACACCAAGCGCUAUCCAUAAUGAGAAUAAUCUCUUUAAUUGUUAUGAAUUUCGACUAAUAUCUUCACAAAUAUAUGGUUGAUGAACUAUGUACACCCAUACGUACAAAUGCACAUAUUUUAUUAAAGUUUUUAUAAAAUUUGUCCCAUGCUACAAUUUUCUAUCGUGCGAUCGAUCAUAUUUGUGUUUUACCUCACCUACGUACACAUCUUUAUAAAUGUUUUCUGUUUUUAUGCGUUUUUUUUUUUACAAAUUGUUUCAAUAUAUAUUGGUUGCAAUCCUUAAUCUCAUUAUAAUUAUUCCUGUGAAGAAAGUAGAACUUUUUAUUCCUUAUAUGAAAACAAAAGAUAC